AUGAAAAAAGUUCCUCCAAAGAAAUCUCAUUUUUUCAAACCAAUUCUGCCUGGUUUCAAGAAUGGCCUUAAAAUUCCUGUAGGUUUCUUAAAGUAUCUGAAGGGACAUGAUAAUGUACAUGCAAUACUGAGAAGGGGUGGUAAGAAGUGGGUGAUGAAGGUGAACGGCCGUCGAAUGGAAGAUGGUUGGACAGAGUUUGCAGAAGAGCAUGAUUUGCAAUUGGGAGAUAUGUUGGUAUUUAGACAUGAAGGUAAUAUGGAGUUUAAUGUUUCCAUAUUUGGUUCAAGUUGUUGUGAGAGAGAAUACGCGGCGUAUAUGCAAGAAGACGAGGAUGAAGAGGAGGAGACUCCCAAGAAAUUUGAUUUGGAAGAAAAAGUAAAGGCUAACAUCAGGACAUCAGGCAAGGCUUUCCCCAAUGCAGAAGCUGCUAAUAAGGGCAUGCAUCUCAGUCCCUCUCAUCUCAUUUGUACAAUCAAACCUUAUUGCCUUACAAAGUAUUUUCUGCGCAUUCCGAGACAAUUUGCACUAGAUAACAGACUCAACAACAGGAAAUGCACGAUAAUUAUGAGGGACGAGCUAAGGUCAUGGACAUGUAGUCUGCAUACAAACGGAAAUACCUACAUUGGACGUGGAUGGCAUGAAUUCUGCACUGACAAGUGCUUAAAGGAAGGAGAUCGCGUAAUGUUUGAGAUAGUUUCCAAUGGAGAAACACCUAUAUUUAAAUUUCAUGAUUUGAGAGGAAAUCCAUCCCACCAUCCUGAAGUAAAGAAGAACAAUUUUGAUGCCAAAAGAAUCUCAGAUGAAGAAAAACCAAAGGCCAACAUCAAGGCAUCAGACAAGGCUUUCCCCAAUGUAGAAGCUGCUGAAAAGGACAAGCAUCUCACUCACUCUCACUUCAUUUGUACAAUCAGACCUUAUUGCCUUUCAAAACAUUUUGUGGCUGUUCCAAGACAAUUCGCGCUGAAAAACAGACUCAACAACAGGAAAUGUAUGAUAAUUAUAAGGAACGAGCGAAGGUCAUGGACAUUUAGUCUGUAUACAAGCAGCAACAACACCUAUUUUGGGCGUGGAUGGCGUGAAUUCUGCAUUGAGAAGUGCUUAAAGGAAGGAGAUCGCGUAAUGUUUGAGAUAAUUUCCAAUGGUGAAACACCUGUAUUUGUAUUUCAAGAUUUGAGAGGAAGUCCAUCCCUCCAUCCUGAAGUAAAGAAGAACUAUUUGGAUGCUAAAAGAAUUAAGACCAUGGACGCGACUUCUCCAAAAGUACAAGUACCUGCUUCAACAUCUGCUGAUGCUAACCCUCAUUUUAUAUCUACUAUUAAACCUUACACCAUCAAACAUCAUGUUUUGUAUCUUCCAUUGGCUUUUGUGAAAUCAAAUGGCUUGAUGAAUAGACACUGUGAGAUGAUUCUUGUCAAUGAAAAACGGAGAUCAUGGUCAGUGCAGCUAGGGCAAAUGGGACAUCACUUUGGAAUUAAAAGGGGAUGGCGAGAGUUCGUACGAGCAAAUGGUGUUCAAGUAUAUAUUCUGGUAAGGAUGCCAAGAAUCACACCCUCAGAAGCCAUUGACAAGAUACAGAAGCUGUUGGUGAUGGGCAAGGAAACAGGCACUGAAGCAAGUGAAUACAAUAAAAUUCUCUCCCCACUGACUGGUUUCUCCAAGCGGCGGUUACGUUUGGCAGGAACGGUGGUUGUCAAUGGCGAAGGGCAAAAGUUAGUCUCUCAGAAAACACAGGCGGCUGCACCAUUGGUAGCUCCAGUGGUGGAUCAACAAAAUGGAAGGAACGACAAUGGUAAUUUCUCUCAAUCUGAUAAUUAUCUGACACAUCUAGUAGAAUUGGACAGUAGAUUGCCUAAGAAUGAUAGUGGAAUGAACAAAGUAUUGAGUGAAUGUGGGGUUUCAUCUUCGAAUGUAUCGACUAUGGUGCAACCACAACUAAAUGCACAUGUAGAUGAAAAUCCGCAGAAAUCGAUGGCUAACAAAGAUCCAGUAGCUCUGGCGUAG